GGCAGCUGGAGGGGUCUCGCUGUGCCUGUUGGAGCUGCACCUAAGACUAGGACCGCCAAGGUACGACUGCAGCCAUGUCGGGCCGCUCAGUGCCACAUGCCCACCCUGCCACCGCCGAGUACGAAUUUGCCAACCCCAGCCGCCUGGGUGAGCAGUGCUUUGGAGAAGGCCUCCUGCCAGAAGAGAUCCUAACCCCCACCCUCUACCAUGGCUACUAUGUCCGGCCUCGGGCCCCCCGAGCUGGGGAGGGUAGCAGGGCAGGGGCUUCCGAGCUCAGGCUCAGUGAGGGCAAGUUCCAGGCAUUUCUGGAUGUGAGCCACUUUACCCCAGAUGAGGUGACCGUGAGGACUGUGGACAACCUACUGGAGGUGUCUGCCCGACACCCCCAGCGCCUGGACCGCCACGGCUUCGUGUCCCGAGAGUUCUGCCGCACCUAUGUCCUCCCUGCGGAUGUGGACCCCUGGCGGGUCCGAGCUGCGCUCUCCCACGAUGGCAUCCUUAACCUGGAGGCGCCUCGGGGUGGCAGACAUUUGGACACAGAGGUCAAUGAGGUGUACAUCUCCCUGCUCCCGGCGCCUCCAGACCCAGAGGAAGAGGAGGAGGCAGCUAGAGCUGAGCCCUGAGUUCCAGAGACCCAGCACCCAACAAAUCCCUUUGUGCCUCUUGCCGUGACUCAAGCAGCUGCCCACCACCCCAGAGGUAGAAGCGUCCUUGGGGGAAGGGAAAGGCUCAUGGUCCACAAUGUAUGGUUUGGUCCCUUGGGACGUGUCAUAGCCUCUGGUUUAGUUCUGGGUGGAGCUGAAUAAACCCAAAUCUCGGG